AUGGCUUGCCAAGUGGCAGUUGGAGGGAAGGGGGCCUCGAUGGCUCUUGCCAGGAAAUGGGGGGGUCAGAAGGGCAGGUGCGUGAGCCGGGCAUCGAGCGGGCAGGAGCAGUUGAGCGACGUUGGGGAGGGGCCGGUGGUCGUGAGAGAACACCGCCCAGACCGCCGAGCCUUUGCCGAGACUCUCGGCGGCAACCUCUACCCGGUGAGGGAGUGGGAGAAGCCAAUCAGCCGACCGGAUGCGGAGAUUGAAAGUGCGGGUUGCCUCGCACCAUCCCGGUACAAAAACAGGCGUCGUUCGGCCGUGGGCGUCCAUUGUUCGCCCCCGGCUGCCUUGGCUUAUCCUUGGCUGGUGGCAUGGAGUCAGGAAGUCGUGCUUGGCCACUUGGCGGCUUGGGAUUUCCUUCCUCGCCCUUCUUUGUCCGCUGCCACGGUUCAGGCCAUGGCUUCGUUGUAG